GUAAAACGUCAGCCAUUUUCAUUGCCUCAUAGUCGUACGAUCGGGUAAAAAUGGAUUUACGUGUUUUUGAUGAUAUGAAUUUUUAUAUUACACCGGAUAGGUUCUUCAUCCAGCCUACCGAAUCGGAGCAAUUCGUUAUCAUCGAACGUACUAAUGGAACAGUAUCGUUACACACCUCAGAAAGUAAGGAACAGUUACCGAUCCACGGUUACGAGCUGCGGAAAAUAUGUGGGGUGCUGGGAAUGGUUCGGUUGAUCAGCGGUUUCUAUCUGGUCGUGGUAACGCAUCGGAUUUUCAUCGGUCUUAUCAACAACGAGCCAAUCUGGCAGAUGGCUGGUUUCGAUCUGAUACCACUCACACAAACGCUUACCCAUCUGAGUGAGGCGCAGAAGGAACAGAAUGAUAUUUAUCUAGCUAUGAUGCGCCAGGUGCUAGAUACGCCCUUCUUCUAUUUUUCUUACGGCUAUGAUCUUACUAAUACGAUGCAAAGGAUUGGCAGCAGUGCCGGUGGCGGUGAAACUGGGGGCCUCUACAUGAAGAGUGACAAGCGUUUCGUUUGGAACAUUGGACUGCUGGACCGUUUCGCCCAUCUGCACCGAUAUGUUCUUCCUAUCAUCCACGGAUUCGUCUCUAUUAACGAUGUGACAAUAAACGGACAUUCGCUCAGCUGGAUAUUGAUUUCACGGCGCUCGGUACAAUAUGCAGGCACGCGGUUGUUUUGCCGUGGUAUCAACAGCGAUGGUCAGGUGGCUAACUACGUUGAGACGGAACAGAUCCUAAUCACCGGACAAGAUCGCGUUUCGUACGUGCAGACACGAGGCAGCAUUCCGCUCUUCUGGCAACAAAACCCAACGUUGCAAUACAAACCUCGGCCGCAAUUGCUAACCGGACGAGACCACCUAAUCGCCUGUUCGCGUCACUUUGACGAGCAGUGCAAACGGUACGGUGCGCAAGGUUUAAUCAAUCUAAUUGAUCACAAAGGUGCUGAGGAGGUGCUAGAGAAGGCUUACGAUGCGACGAUUUCAGCACUCGCCAACCCAUUGGUAAACUACGUAUCGUUCGACUUCCAUACGGAGUGCAAGAAGAUGCGUUACGAUCGGUUGAGUCUGUUAAUGUCGCGGAUUGCUAGCCAGCAGGACAACUUUGGCGUUUACCACACAAGCAACACCGGACACGUGUACUCCGUCCAGAAAGGUGUGUUCCGUACGAACUGCAUCGACUGUUUGGACCGAACGAAUGUCGUACAGAGCUUAAUUGCAAAGCGUAGCCUUGAGCAAUCGUUGGAAAGAAUGGGCAUUUUCAAGCUAGGCGAGAAACACAUCGAUCCAACUUCCCAGUUUGAAGCCAUCUUCAAAGCGGUUUGGGCAGAUAACGCGGACCUCAUUUCGCUGCAGUAUUCCGGUACCGGUGCGCUGAAGACAGAUUUUACCCGAACAGGGAAGCGUACAUUUAAAGGAUUGCUUCGCGAUGGUUUGAACUCCCUGACGCGCUAUGUAAAGAACAACUUUUACGACGGCUACCGUCAGGACAGUAUCGAGCUGCUUCUAGGGUCGUAUCGAGUGAAUGAAGGUGAAGGUUUAGAUUUUCCCUCUCCAGUGACUGCCUUCGAUCGUACCGUUGACAUGAGGAAACGAAUGAUGGCGUCAAUAGUGUUGUUCGAGAUAGCGGUGUUCUUUGUCGUUCUGCUAUAUCCGACAGCGUAUAACUUCAAAACAGGUGUUAUAUUGUUUGGCUGGGGUAUUGCCUGUCUAGUAACGAAACGAUUCUUCGAAAAGCAUCGUAUCGAUUUUGUGGACUGGCCGAAACUGCUUUCAAAAAAGUAACUAGCCGGCGGGGGUCCCCACCUGUCCGGGGCGAGCUGUACGACGUGAAUACGUACUACACGAUCGUUUGAAACGACGCGCCAACAGCUUGAAUAGCACCUGGGAUAGGGGAUAUGGGGGCAACGAAUGACCGGCCAAAUAUUUCGUACUUUUGUCGCAUAUGUUGGGUAUGUUGGAUGGAAGUCGCACGUUGUAGAAGUUUUUUUUAUGUUUAAACACAUUUUAGCUUUAUUGUUAUUGCAACACUUUUUGGACUAGAUAAAACAUUAUUUGCAAAUAAAUUACCCGAUUUGCUGCCGUUGAUCAAGCAACUGUUAGAUCAUAUCGCCACACAUCAACAAUUACAACAGGAAGAAAGAUAAUACCUAGCGGUGGUGAUGGUUUCGUUCGGUAGAGUGCUUGAUGCUUUCAACCACUAUACGUCUUUAGUGUUCCUUUAGGAGCUGGGCUUUAGGGUCCUUCAUCUAUCUCCAUCACACAUCAGGCUCAAUAAUAAAACUACAACACUUCCUGUAGUCGUACCUUGCAUAUAUAGGAUAAAAGAAUUUUCUUCUUAAACAAAUUAAUGAAAAAUUGCAACGUAUCGAGGUUAAACAUUCGUAAUACAUCAUAAUACACAAUAGUUAUCGAAAUAGCAGGUGAAUCGCAGAUGUUCUAAUCAUUCCUUGCGUUUUAAAUGCGAUAGUGAGAAUUAUCAAGAGAUAAAAUAGUUGCAUAAUCUAAUUUUCUUAAAGAUUGUUUUAUUCAAACAUUCAUGUUACAGACAAAGUUAAUGCAUAUUAUUUAACAUCUUUCUAAGGUAAACUACAAUCAAUUUUAGUGCCGAAUACAUAACAUCUGCUGCUUAGCGAUUGGUCUAGCGUACUUGCAUUGUUUUUGUUGCAACUUUGUUUAAAACAAAUUAAUUUUAUUUUGUUCACUCAAUCUUUUAAAACUUUGGUGAAAUCUACGCUUCGUAAUAUAGGUACUAUCAGGAGGGUACAUUUGGAAUUGAUAAUAAAAUCUUCCC